AUGGCUGGUGUACGAGCCCUCGGUGUUCUUUCUAGGCUAACAUCUCGCAAAUACGCCCUUUUCACAGGUAACAGUCUCCGGUCAUUCUCUGUAGCACCGGCCAUGUUGGCCAGAACCCACGUCAACUAUGAAGUCAGAGACGAUGUCGCGAUCAUACGAAUCAAUGACCCCAAUUCAAAGGUGAACACACUGUCGAUCCAGAUGCAGAAGGAGAUGGCGGAGGUCAUGGGGGAAGUGUGGGCAAAUAAUGCGGUCCACAGUGCGGUGCUGAUCUCCUCCAAACCCGGCUGCUUCAUCGCAGGAGCAGACAUCAAUAUGAUCCAGGCCUGUAGCAGUGAGGAGGAGGUCACCAAACUGUCUCAGGAAGGACAGAAGAUGUUCGAGCAGGUUGCCAAGUCUCCCAAGCCUAUUGUCGCUGCAAUCAACGGAUCGUGUUUAGGAGGAGGUCUGGAGUUUGCCAUAGCGUGUCAGUACAGAGUGGCCACAAAGAGCAGGAAGACUGUGUUGGGGACUCCUGAGGUGAUGCUUGGACUGUUACCUGGAGCUGGAGGCACUCAGAGGCUUCCCAAGAUGGUCGGUCUCCCCAGUGCCUUCGACAUGAUGCUAACGGGUAGAAACAUUCGAGCCGACAAAGCAAAAAAAAUGGGGCUCGUAGACCAACUCAUCGACCCGCUGGGACCGGGUCUGAAGAGUCCAGAGGAACGAACCAUCGAGUAUCUGGAGGAGGUGGCAGUGGAAUGUGCCAAAGGAAUCGUCAACAAGAAAAUCUCUCUCGGCAAAGAAAAAGGAACAAUGCAAAAAAUCCAAGACUACGUCAUGAGUUUUGAGUUGGUGAGGAAUCAGAUCUACAAGACGGUACAUGGGAAAGUCAUGAAGCAAAGCAAAGGACUGUAUCCAGCGCCGCUCAAAAUCAUUGAGUGUGUGAAGACUGGAGUGGAACAAGGCCCAGAUGCCGGGUACUUGGCGGAGGCUCAGAACUUUGGGCAGCUGGCUCGAACGCCUGAGUCUGCGGCGCUGAUCGGUUUGUAUCACGGUCAAGUCACCUGCAAAAAGAACCGCUUCGGAACACCACAGAAGAAAGUGGAGACUCUGGCGAUCCUGGGGGCGGGGCUUAUGGGCGCUGGUAUCGCUCAGGUCACGGUGGACAAAGGAGUUCAUACCAUCCUCAAAGACACGACAGAAGCUGGACUUGCACGAGGACAACAGCAGGUGUACAAGGGUCUGAACGACAAGACGAAGAGGAAGAACAUCACGUCGUUCGAGCGAGACUCCAUCUUGUCGGGUCUGACGGGGCAGGUGGACUACAGCGGCUUCGAGAAGGCCGACAUGGUCAUCGAGGCCGUGUUCGAGGACAUCAACAUCAAACACGCCGUGCUCAAGGAGGUGGAGGCGGUGGUGUCUCCUCACUGUAUCUUUGCCAGCAACACGUCCGCUCUGCCAAUCAAAGACAUCGCUGCUGCCAGCAAGAGACCAGACAAGGUGAUCGGAAUGCACUACUUUUCUCCUGUGGAUAAAAUGCAGCUGUUGGAGAUUAUCACCACAGAGCAGACGUCCAAAGACACCACCGCCUCUGCUGUAGCCGUGGGGCUCAAGCAGGGGAAGGUCAUCAUUGUGGUUGGCGACGGACCAGGCUUCUACACCACCAGAUGUCUGGCUCCCAUCCUGGCAGAAGCCAUCCGGGUUCUUCAGGAGGGCUCUAACGCCAAGAAGUUGGACGGUUUGACCACAAGUUUCGGUUUCCCGGUGGGAGCCGCGACUCUGAUCGACGAGGUGGGCAUCGACGUCGCCGCUCACGUGGCCGAAGACCUGGGCAAGGCCUUCGGACCAAGGUUUGGAGGCGGCAACGUGGAGGUGCUGCAGACCAUGGUGGACCUGGGAUUUAAGGGUCGCAAAUCUGGCAAAGGCUGCUAUGUGUACCAGCCAGGCCUCAAAUCGAAGGAGUUGAACACAGAGAUGGAUGAGAUUCUGGAGAAAUACAAACUGUCGGCAAAUCCCUCUGUGUCGUCAGACUCUGACAUCCAGUACAGACUGAUCUCUCGGUUUGUGAACGAGGCGCUGCUGUGUCUGCAGGAGGGAGUGUUGAACAGUCCACUAGAGGGCGAUGUGGGGGCAGUGUUUGGCCUGGGCUUCCCUCCCUGUCUCGGAGGCCCGUUCCGGUUCCUGGACAGUUUCGGCGCUGACAAACUUGUGGCAAAGAUGCGGCAUUUCGAGUCGGUGUACGGCAGUCCGUUCACGCCAUGUCAGCUGCUCCUGGAUCACGCCAGCGACGCCAGCAAGAAGUUCUACAAGUGA